GGUUGAGUGGUUCAUAUAAAAUUAUGUUGUGAAUAUUCUUUUGUGAAAUUCAAGCAGGGGGAAGAUGUGAGAAUGCAACUUUGUUACUUUUAAUGCCAUUUACUGUGCUAAUCUGCUCGGCCCCAGAGGAAGCAACUUUAAUCAUCCAAGUUCAAAGUGCUGAAAACGAAGUGUGACAAAAGGAGCUCUUGCAUAACUAGCGUGCUGUUGACAAAAAGAUAAGCACAUGUGAACUGAAUGUCAUACUGAAGAGGACAGUGUUCAGAACUUUGUGGGGGUUUUGUAAUAAAGAUCUGAAGCUGUUACAUAUACACCAUAAAAUUACAUUACUCAGUAAAAAGCUGCAAACCCAGAAUUUUUAUUCCUCAGUGCUCAUGAGCGCUUCCAGGCUGCAGCAACUGAAGAGUCAGAUUUUGCCUGAUAAUAAGCUCACAGCAAUGUCAGAAUCACCUAGUCCUCUGACCACACAUGUGCUGAACACUGCAAUGGGUGUCCCCGGGUCAAAUAUGGCCCUCAGCCUUUAUCAACAAGACCCCUCCACAAACACCUGGAAUUUAAUCACCACCGGGACCACUAAUGAUGAUGGACGUUGCCCUGGACUUAUCGCAAAACAAUCAUUUAAAUCUGGUGUGUACAAAAUGCAUUUUGAGACGGCUCAGUAUUGGGCGAGUAUGGGAGAGACCUGCUUUUACCCGUAUGUUGAGAUUGUCUUCACCAUAAAUGACCCUGGGCAAAAGUACCAUAUCCCUCUGCUUCUGAGUCGUUUCUCUUACAGUACAUACAGAGGGAGCUAGAUAUCAAGCAAGAGGAACCUCCUGAGAUUACUCCACCUGUCAGCUGUUUGACACAUCACAUGAUGGCACUGAAUGAACUGUCACACAUAUUGGACAUAUUGACAAGGCACAAUACUCCAUUUCAAUUAUUCUUUUUGUUGUAAUAGUGCCACAAUACCAUAUUUUCUUUCUUUAAAAAAACAAAUAAAAAACACUUAUUAAUAUAUGCUGUACUUUAGUCUACCAUAUCAACUAUUGUAAGCUGUUAUUUUAAGAUGUGUAACGUCUAAACUAUCAAAUAAUACAUCUGUCUAAAUCACCA